ACCUUACUCAGAUUUUGAAACGUCAGUUAUAUAGAAAAUUUCAAGUGAUUAAACUACUUUUUCAUUACGUCAUUAUCAAUUGAUAAUACAAUAGAAUAUAAAUAUUUUUAAAUUCACAAGAAAAUGAAGUGGUUCGAGGGUAGUAUCAACGAAGCAGUUGCGACGUCAAAAUCCAAGAAAGCAAUUUUUGUGGUUUUUAUCGAAGGAAAGGAUGACAAAUCAGCAGACGUUGCUGCAACAAUCAAUACUACAGAAGUUUCUUCUCGAUUAGAACAAGAAAACUUUGUAGCAAUUCGAAUAGAAUAUAAAUCUGAGACCUAUAUCUCCUUUGCCAAAAUUUAUACAAUGGUACCUGCCCCAUCUUUAUUCUUUAUUGGUGAAAAUGGUACACCGCUGGAUGUAAUUAUUGGCAGUAUAACAGCAGCUGAACUGUUAUCUAAGAUUGAUUUAGUUUUAACAAAGGCAGGAAAGAAUGCAAAUUCUUCCAAGAGUUUGAUAGAUGGGGAGAAAAAUGCUACUGUUGACAGGAAUGUUAAUGACUCUGAUAAUGCAACAAAGUCAAAUACAGAAGCAUCUAUAAUGGAAGCAUCAAAAAAUAAAAUGAAGUGGUUCGAGGGUAGUAUCAACGAAGCAGUUGCGACGUCAAAAUCCAAGAAAGCAAUUUUUGUGGUUUUUAUCGAAGGAAAGGAUGACAAAUCAGCAGACUUUGCUGCAACAAUCAAUACUACAGAAGUUUCUUCUCGAUUAGAACAAGAGGAUUUUGUAGCAAUUCGAAUAGAAUAUAGAUCUGAGACCUAUAUCUUCUUUGCCAAAAUUUAUACAAUGGUACCUGCCCCAUCUUUAUUCUUUAUCGGUGUAAAUGGUACACCGCUGGAUGUUAUUAUUGGCAGUAUAACAGCAGCGGAACUGUUAUCUAAGAUUGAUUUAGUUUUAACAAAGGCAGGAAAGAAUGCAAAUUCUUCCAAGAGUUUGAUAGAUGGGGAGAAAAAUGCUAUUGUUGACAGGAGUGUUAAUGACUCUGAUAAUGCAACAAAAUCAAAUACAGAAGCAUUUGUAAUGGAAGCAUCAAAAAAUGUGAGCGAUGAUGUAACUACAAACAGUAUGAAAGUAGAAUCUUCUACUAGUUCAAAACCCAUAGAAACACCAAACACAAGUAGUGAGACAGAAGAUGCAGGUACCAAAGAAUUGACACCAGAAGAAAAAGUAGAAAGAGCAAAACAGUUGAUUGAGUUACAACAAAAAGAACGUAUCUUAGAGGAACAACAGAAGGUGAUACAACGAGAGAAAGAGCGCCGUAAAAUGGGACACGAUGUGCAAAAGUUUAAACGAUACCAGCAAGAAUUGAAAACAAAACAAGCUCUUGAGGAGAAAAUGAAAGAGAAAGCUGAUGAAGCAGUAGCUAGAGAAAAGGUUAGGCAACAAAUUGCUCAGGAUAAAUUAGAACGGAAACAAAGAGAACUAGCUCUACAGCAGGAAAAACAAACAGAACCGGUUCAAGAAUCAUCUAAAUCUUAUGUCUCUGUGGCAAACAAAGCAACUAUAACUCGAAUUCAAUUCAGAUUGCCAACUGGCAAUCCUCAUAUGGGACAAUUUGAACCAACAAGCACUUUACUCGACUUGCGUACAUAUGUUGUUCAGAAUAUUGAUUUACCAUUCUCUCAAUUUGCAAUGUCCGUCUCAUUUCCUAGAAGAGAUUUGACACAGGAAGAAGAUGAUAAAACACUUUUAGAAUUGGAACUAGUUCCUACUGCUGUGAUUUUAAUUCUACCUAUGAAAAAUUCUAAAGUUUCGGCGACUAUCACUACAACACAAGAUGCUGGUUUCUUAUCACGAUUCGUGUGGACCUUUUUUGCACCUAUCCUAGGUGUUUAUAAUUAUCUACUAGGUUAUUUCUCGGGAGGUACGCAGGUAAAUACGCAAAGGCAACAGAACAAUUCUGCUGAAAACAGAGAUACGACAAAUAGAUCAGAUGGCGCUCAUAUACCUAACCUGCAAGACAUUGCUAACUCAUCAGGUUUGGUCAGAAGAUACUUGGGUAACGAAGGCGGGACAACCAUCAAAACGGAGGGCAAUAUACAUAAACUUCAUUCAAGUGGGGAUGAUAAUGAUGAAAAUAAUACAUGGAAUGGUAAUUCAACGCAACAAAUGUAGAUUAUCACAGAUCGUUCAAGUUCAAAUACGUUCAGUUAUUUCAUUAACCAAGAUUUUUAAUGCCCAAUGGAUAUACUAUUUUUAAUUAAAAAUAUAUUUUGUUAAGCUUUCACACCUUCCCGUUUUAUUUUAGCAAAAUCAAAUGUUGCGUGUUAGGAUGCAAUGUAGUAUGAUACAAUUUAAUCGAAAAGUAAAAUAUUUUAUUUAUAAAAAAAUGUUUAUUUUCGUUGAAUAUUUAGUGGACAAAAUUAUUAAUAUUCUACAGUUCUAUAUCACCUUCUUACUGUGGUAACUUAUUUUAACAAGUUACAAGUGAUAUACGGACCAAACGCAGUCGUCUAGCUGCGUUGUGACAUAUAAAGUUACAUCGCGAUGUAUUUCGAUGUAUUGACUAUAUAUAUACACAAUCUACAAAUGAUAUAUAUACAGGGUGUUUGAUCACCUCUGGGUAGCUGAACACCCUGUAUAUCCUCAUAUCUCUAGAUGAGUGACACACAUUAAAAAUUAUAAGUUAAUUUAUAUUUAGAGAUUUCCUUAAAAAUUAUUUUACUAUAUUACUCUAAUCGAACUUACUGUACAUGAUUAUGAAUGGUAACAAACAUAUAUGCAAUAGCAAAUAUAUUAUGUUUUAUUUUGUAAUAAAAGGCGAAAUGCACCGAACAAAGGGCCUUUAUUCUGUUAAUA